CACAGAGAAAGGGCAGAUUGAGAGCAGCUCCCUUCCGAUCUGCACCAGACGCAAGCGUCCAUGCUGCUGGAUUCUUGGAACAAAGAAAGGGCAAAUUGAGACGAGUUCCCUUCCGAUCUGCACCAGACGCAAGCGUCCAUGCUGCUGGAUUCUCGGCACAAAGAAAGGGCAGAUUGAGACCAGCUCCCUUCUGAUCUGCACCAGACGCAAGCGUCCAUGCUGCUGGAUUCUCGGCUUCUCUUGCGAGUACCAAGGGUCCGCGCAGAGACGCCUGUAGAGAAGCGCAUUUCCAGACCCCCCCAAGGCCCCAGCGAGACCCGCAGGGCGACAAUGGCGCCGCGGCAGAGGGGCAGAGACUGCAAAGGCUUCAUCCUGCUCUCCAUCCUCUUGGGGACCUGGUGGGAAGCCUGGGCCGGACAAAUUUUCUACUCCGUGUCUGAAGAGACAGACAAAGGGUCUUUUGUGGGUAAUAUCGCUAAGGACCUGGGGCUGGAGGCUCGGGAGCUGACGGAGCGUGGAGUUCGCAUCGUCUCCAAAGGUAGGACGCAGCUUUUCUCUCUCAAUAUGCGAAGUGGUAACUUGGUCACCGCGGGCAGGAUAGACAGGGAGGAACUCUGCGCUCCGAGCGCACGUUGUCUGGUGAGCUUCAACAUCUUGAUGGAAGAUAAAAUGAAUCUUUAUCCCAUAGAAGUGGAAAUAAUGGACGUUAAUGACAACGCUCCUAGAUUCUUGACAGAAGAAAUAAACGUAAAAAUAAUGGAGAAUGCAGCUCCUGGGAUGCGGUUUCCACUAACCGAGGCAGCAGAUGCAGAUGUGGGUGUGAACUCACUUCAGGGAUACCAGAUAAGCCCCAAUCGCCACUUCUCCCUGGUUGUGCAAAGUGGAGAUGAUGGAACUAAGUACCCGGAACUGGUGCUGGAGCAGGCUCUUGAUCGCGAACAAGAGGGGAUUCACCACCUGGUCCUCACAGCCUAUGAUGGUGGGGACCCACCUCUAUCUGGCACCGCCAGCAUCCACGUGACAGUGGUGGAUGUGAAUGAUCACAUACCAGUGUUUUCUCUGCCUCAGUACCAAGUGACAGUCCCUGAGAACGUGCCAGUAGGCACAAGACUUCUCACAGUAAAGGCUGUAGAUUUGGAUGAAGGAGUCAAUGGGGAAGUGACAUACUCUUUUCGGAAAAUAACUCCAAAGAUUCUACAGAUAUUCCAUCUGAGCUCCCUUACAGGAGAAUUAUCAACUUUAAAGGGUCUGGAUUAUGAGGAAUCCAGUUUCUACGAAAUGGAAGUGCAGGCUCAGGAUGGACCUGGCAGUCUGACAAAGGCAAAAGUACUGGUCACGGUUUUAGAUGUGAAUGACAAUGCCCCAGAAGUGACUGUAACAUCUGUAACCAGCUCAGUCCCUGAAGACGCAACUCCAGGGACAGUAGUUGCUCUUUUCUCCCUCCAAGACAAAGAUUCGGGGAAGAAUGGUGAGGUGACUUGUACUCUUCCAGAAAAUCUGCCUUUUAAGUUACAGCAAUCAAUUGAUAAUUAUUACAGAUUGGUCACAGCACAAAACCUGGACCGGGAAAAACUCUCCGUGUACAACAUCACACUGAAAGCCACAGAUGGUGGAACUCCCCCAUUAUGCACAGAAACUUACAUAUCCAUUCAUGUGACAGACACCAACGACAACCCACCUACCUUUUCUGAUUCCUCUUACUCCAUCUACAUCCCUGAGAACAAUCCUAGAGGCGCCUCCAUCUUCUCAGUGACGGCACAUGACCCUGACAGUGACAAAAAUGCCCAGGUCACUUAUUCCUUGGCUGAGGACACCAUUCAUGGUAUGCCAGUGUCAUCUUACAUCUCUGUAAAUUCCGACACUGGUGUCCUGUAUGCACUUGGAUCCUUCGACUAUGAGCAGUUUAGGAAUCUACAACUAAGAGUGACGGCCUGUGACAGUGGGGAGCCACCUCUCAGCAGUAAUGUGUCAUUGAACCUGUUUGUACUGGACAAAAAUGACAAUGCGCCUGAGAUCCUGUACCCUGUCCAUCCAAAUGAUGGAUCCACCGGUGUGGAGCUGGCACCUCGCUCUGCAGAACCUGGUUAUCUAGUGACCAAAGUAGUGGCUGUGGACAGAGACUCAGGCCCAAAUGCUUGGCUGUCCUACCGCCUGCUCAAGGCCAGCGAGCCAGGGCUCUUCUCCGUGGGGCUGCACACAGGCGAGGUGCGCACAGCACGGGCCCUGCUGGAACGAGAUGCCCUCAAGCAGAGCCUGGUGGUGGCUGUGCAGGACCAUGGCCAACCCCCUCUCUCAGCUACUGUCACAAUCACUAUAGCUGUAGCUGACAGCAUUCCUGAUGUCCUGGAAGAUCUGGGCAGUAUCGGGACUCCCAGUGACCCUGAUGAUUCAGACCUCACGCUCUACCUAGUGGUGGCAGUGGCCACUGUUUCUUGCAUUUUCCUUGUCUUUGUCAUUGGGCUGCUGGCAUUCAGACUAUGGCGCUGGCACAAGUCACGCCUGUUACAGGACACAGGUGGUGGGUUACAGGAUGAGCCUGCCUCACACUUCGUAGGUAUGGAUGGAGUUCAGCCUUUCCUACAAACCUAUUCCCAUGAGGUUUCUCUCACUGCAGACUCUCGGAAGAGCCAUAUUAUCUUCCCACAGCCCAAUUAUGUGGACACACUUAUCAGCCAAGGCAGCUGUGAGAAAAGGGACUCUUUGUUAACUACCAUAGGUUUUCAAGAAUUUAAGGGUGAAGCCCCAAGUCUCCAGCAAGCCCCGCCCAACACCGACUGGCGUUUCUCUCAGGCCCAGAGACCUGGCACCAGCGGCUCCCAAAAUGGUGAUGAAACCGGCACAUGGCCCAACAACCAGUUUGAUACGGAGAUGCUGCAAGCCAUGAUCUUGGCCUCUGCCAGUGAAGCUGCUGAUGGAAGCUCCACUCUGGGAGGGGGAGCUGGCACCAUGGGCUUGAGUGCCCGCUAUGGACCCCAGUUCACUCUGCAGCACGUGCCUGACUACCGCCAGAAUGUCUACAUCCCCGGCAGCAAUGCCACACUGACCAAUGCAGCUGGCAAGCGGGAUGGCAAGGCUCCAGCAGGCGGCAAUGGCAACAAGAAGAAGUCGGGCAAGAAAGAGAAGAAGUAAUAUGGAGGCCAAGCCGAGAGCCACAGGGCAGCCUCCCUCCCCAGCCAGCCCAGCUUGUUUUUACUUGUACCCAGGCCUCAGAAUUUCAGGGUUUAUUCCCAGAAUGCUGGUAGGGGCCAAGGCCAUGCUCCCCAUUGGGAAACAGAAACAAGUGCCCAAUCAACACCCCCUCUCUCUGCCCCUCGGGGCUUGAAUAUGCAAAGGGGUUCUGCUGGGAACCCCCAUCCAAUCAACUGAUGUACCCACACGGGUAGUUGGGGUUAGACACAAGAACCAUCUGUCACACCCCCUUUAGUUAUAACUGAAACUUCUCCAUCUUCCAACUCAAUCAGGCCCAUCCAUCCCUUGCAUCCUCCCCUCCAACCCACUCACUCCUUUAGAGUUCCUCCGGAACAAGGUAGUUGGGCUGUUGAGGUAUCAGGUGUCCUACACAGGCGCUCAUAGUUCUGAAGAACUAGAAGAGCAUCACAAUCUCUUGGCCUCUCCUUCAGUUCAACCUUCCCCCAAAGCAUGGUUUGUUGCCAGUCUUUUCACUGGCUUUUACGGCCUGAGACCAAUGCUUAAGUUUUGGGGGACAUAGCCACCAUCCCCAAGAUACUAAUGCUUGCUGGAUUAAGGGAAGGAAUUAUGCUACCUAGUCUCUUCCCAAAGCCUGGGGACCAGUCUUUUGUUUUGUUUUGUUUUGCUUUUCAUUGUUUGAUGUUCCCACUGCAUGCUGUGACCUCCCUCUCCUCUUCAAAGAAGAGACUCCUUUGCAUGUUUGGAGACAGUAGGGGGUGGGGCGAUAAAGAAGGGAAGUGUGUGUAUAUGGGAAGUGUGUGUAUAUGGUGGUGGACAAAGCUAACCCUGUCAGUUAACAGUCUUGCAGGAGGUUCUAUGUCUCCCCAGGGAAUAGUGUACUGGCCCAAUCCCCAAAUUCCAAUCAGAAACAAACACCAGCUUGGCCACCCCCCACCUCCAGAUCAGCACAGGUAGCCAGCCAACUUUGGGCUGAGCUAUCAGGACCAUUGGAUUUAAACUGCCAUCUCAGUCCAAGAAAGCUCUGAGUGAAAUUAGGACCAGGACUCAGGAGAGGUCAGAGGGGCCUCUGUGGGUGCUGGGUACUCCAGAGGUAUCCCUGGUAGAAAGGCCAAUGGAGCCCCAGCAGGGCCAUUUGUGAUUCCUGGGUCACAGUCAUGGAGCUACAGCAGGGACCAAGUGGACGGAAAGUCUCAGUCCAUGAUGAGGCUUCUCCAUAGAAGGCCCCUGCAGUUCUCAACCCCGGUCGGUCCUUCACCUUACCAGGUGCCCUGUCUUCUACGUGAAGGCCACUGCCCAGUUCCCCCAGUCCGCCCCCUAGUGGCCAGAGACUGGUUAAAGUCCCCCAGUGCCUCCUUGUGCAUAGACCUUACUCUGCCCACCCCCCUUCUGUCCCACUCAUCCAGUGGGACUGCAAGAGGACCCCCUCCUUGCCCUUACAGUAGUGUCGAGCCCCCUCCUUCGGCUGGUGUAGAAUAGCCAAUAGUGUAGUGCGGUGUGCUUUUACGUGAUGGCGAGUGGGCAGCAGGCGAUGUCCUUGAAUUUGCCUGCAGCGGCCCGUGCUGUGUUUUGUGCUGUGUCCACGCGCUGUGGCGACCCCUCCCCGGUACUGACUCCUCUAUACGAGCUUCUCUUCGCAUAGUCACGUAGCUCCUACCCCACCCCCUCCUAUAUCUCACGCAAGUUUUAUACUCUAAUAUUUAUAUGGCUUUUUUUCUUCGAAAGUAAUAAAAAAUGUUUCUUCUGAAA